AAUUAAACCUAUAUCCUUUAUAAAUUAACCAGUCACCAAUUAUUUUUACAGCAAUGUGAGAAUGGCCUAAUAUAUCCAUCAAAAAACUAUUAGAAGUAAUAACUUGAGUAAAUUUGCAGAAUACAAAAUCAACAUAUACAAAUCAGUAGGAUUUCUAUAUGCCAACAGUCAACAAACUGAAAAAGAAUUCAAAAAAAUAAUCCUAUUUGCAAUAGCCACAAAUAAAACAAAAUGUGUGGGAAUUUACCAAAGAAAUAAAAGUUCCCAACAAUUAAAAAUGUAAAACAUUGAUAAAAGAAAUGAAAGAGAAGACAAAAAAAUGGAAAGUUAUUUCUAUGUUCACAGAUUGGAAGAAUCAGUAUUUUAAAAAAUAUCUAUAUGAUCCAAAACAAGCUAUACAUUUCAUGCCAUCUCUAUCAAAAUAACAAUGACAUUCCUCACAGAAAUAGAAAAAAAAUCUGAAAUAUAUAUGGAACCACAAAACACCAUAAUAGUCAAAGCUAUUCUGAGUAUAUAAACCAAAACUUGAGGAAUCCCGUUACCUGGUUUUAAAUUAUACUAUCAAGCUAUAGUAAUUAAAACAGCAUGACACUGGAAUAAAAAGACAUAAAGACAAAUGGAAUGAAAUAGAGAACUUAGAAACAAACUCAUACAGGUAAACAAAACUUAUUUUCAACAAAAGUGUCAAUAACAUACAACAAAAAGUAAGACAGUUUCUGUAAUAAAUAGGGCUGGGAAAACUGGCAAGCCAUAGGCAGAAGAAUGAAACUAGAACCCUAUUUCUUGCCACAUACAAAAAUCAAAUUAAAAUGAAUUAAGGACUUAAACCUAACACCUCAAACUAUCACAAUUUUACAAGAAAACACUGGAGAAACUCUUUAGGGCAUUGGUUUGGGCAAAAAUUUCUUAAAUAAUGCCCCAUAAGCACAGGCAACCAAAGCAAACACGGACAAAUGGAAUUACAGCAAGUCAGAAAGCUUUUUUAAAGUGAAGGAAACAAUAAACAAAGUGAAGAGAAAACCCACAGAAUGGGAGAAAAUAUUUGUAAAUUACCCAUCUGAAAAGCAAUUAAUAGCUACAUGAUAUGGUUAGGCUUUGUGUCCCCACCCAAACCUCAUACUGGAUUGUAAUCCCCAGGUGCUGAGGGAGAGACCUGGUAGAAGGUGAUUGGAUCAUGGGGGUGGUUCCCCCAGGCUGUUCUUCUGAUAAUGAUUGAGUUCUCAUGAGAUCUGACGGUUUUAUAAGGGGCUCUUCCCCCUUUGCUUCACAUACAUGCUCUCUCACCUGCUGUCGUGGAAGAGGUGACUGCUUCCCUGUCUGCCAUGAUUGUAAGUUUCCUGAGGCCUCGCCAGCCAUGUGGAACUGUGACUCAGUUAAACCUAUUUCCUUUAUAAAUUACCCAGUCUCGCCAGGUGCAGUGGCUCAUGCCUGUAAUCCCAGCACUUUUGGAGGCUGUGGCGGGUGGAUCAUGAGGUCAGGAGUUCAAGACCAGCCUGGCCAAGAUGGUGAAACCCCAUCUCUACUAAAAAUACAAAACUUAGCUGGGCAUGGUGUCAGGUGCAUGUAAUCCCAGCUACUCAAGAGGCUGAGGCAGAGAAUUGCUUGAACCCAGGAGGUGGAGGUUGCAGUGGACCGAGAUCAUACCAGUGCACUCCAGCCUGGGCGACAGAGCAAGACUUCAUCUCAAUACAUAAAUAGAUAAAUAACUCAGUCUCAGUAUUUUUAUAGCAGUGCAGAAACAGACUGAUACACUACAAUAUAUUGAGUUCAAAACAUUCUAAAGAAAAAAGUGUAAUCAAUUAAAGAGUGGACAAAAACUUAAAUGAACAUUUAUGAAAAGAAGACAUAAAAAUGGCAAACAGUCAAAUGAAAAGGUGCUCCACAUUACUGAUCAUCAUAGAAAUGCAAAUCAAACCCAAAGUGAGAUAUCACUUCACCUCAGUUAAGGUGGCUUUUAUCCAGAAGCCCGUCAAAAACAAAUGUUGCUAAUAGCCAAGAUUGGGAAGAAACCUAAAUGUCCAUCAACAGAUGACUGGAUAGAGAAAAUGUGGUACAUAUACACAAUGGAGUACUAUUCAGCUGUAAGAAAGAACGAGAGUCUGUCAUUUGCAGUAACAGAAAUGGAACUGAAAGUCUUUAUGUUAAGGGAAAUAGGCACAGAAAGACAAAUGUCACAUGUUCUUACCUAUUUGUGGGUGCUAAAAUUUGAAACAAUUGAUGUCAUAGAGAUAGAGAGUAUAAGCAUGGUUACCAGAGGCUGAGAAGGGCAGUGGGGGAACAGGGGGUUAGUGGGCAUGUGAAAUGGGUACAAAAAAUUGUUAGAAAGAAUGAAUAAGACCGUAUUUGAUAGCACAACAGGGUGAUUAUGGUAAAAAAUAAUUUAAUUAUACAUUUUAUAAAAACUAAAAUAGUAUAAUUGGAUUGUUUAUAACACAAGCUAUCAAUGCUUGAGGAGAUGCAUACCCUGUUUUUUAUUAUGUAUUACUCAUUACAUGCAUGUAUCAAAGGAUGUCAUGUACCCCCAUAAAUAUAUACACCAUGUACCCACAAAAAUAAAUUUAAAAUUAAAAUUAAAACCAAAGGGAGGAGAGUAUAAUGAGGCAGAUGUGACCCACAGCAUGAACUAGCUUUUCAGGGUUACUUUGGAAAGUCCUUAUCCAAGAAAAGUGGUCCAUUUAGUCAAUAGGGGCUUAGAAAUUAAUUUUUAGUUUAUAAGUGGAAAAAAGAAUUUUUAAUCCUGAGCCAUAGCUCUCAGUCAGUCAGUCCCUGCAGGGAACCCUGUUCUUUACUCUGGAGAUAAACACUGUUUUUCUUUUCCACUGAAUAACGCCACAUUUCAAAACGAGGGGAAACAUCUUGAAACUAAGAGGUAUGGCCUUAUUAAAUUUGAUUUGGUUUCCAUUGUAAUUAAUUUAAUCACAUGUGUUCUAGAGUUUGUCCUCAGUCUUCUCCUACUUUAGGCCCAUGAUCUGUUGAAUUUGCUCAGCUCCCUGCUCAACAGCAGGAAAUCAUAAUUACUUAAAAACCUCAUUGUGGCUGGGAGCAGUGGCUCAUGCCUGUAAUCCCAGCAAUUUUGGAGGCCAAGGUGGGCAGAUCACUUGUUGUCAGGGGUUUGAGACCAGCCUGGCCAACAGAGUGAAACCCCAUCUCUACUAAAGAUACAAAAAUUAGCUGAGUGUGGUGAUUCAUGCCUGUAAUCCCAGGUACUUGGGAGGCUGAGGCAGGAGAAUCACUUGAACCUGGGAGGCAGAGGUUUCAGUGAGCCAAGAUGGUGCACUGCAAUCCAGCCUGGGCAACAGACCAAGACUCUGUCUCAAAAUAAUAAUAAUAAAUAAAAAUCUCAUUGUGUUUCAAACAAAAUUUCUUUUGCAUAUUAACUGUGUCAACUUGCAUAUUAACUAUAAUCAUUUUGUUUACUUUAUAUCCAAUCUUGAGAAAUCUUUGAGGACUAAUUUCACUCUUUUCUGACAUUUUGGUAAACAUACCAAAUGCCAUCACACAAAAUGCACAAAAUUCCUGAGAAAUACAUUUUCUCCUUGAGGAGUAGACUUGCUGUGUUAGAGGAACUCAUGGUUAUCAAGCUCCUGGUUUAAUAAACAUGACUAGAAUUCUCUAUCUUAAUAUGAGUAGCUAGGUACUCACAGGGCAUCUAGAAGGUUAAUAUUUAUGGUCUGAAAAUAGCCACAUUUUUUUACUGGCCACAAAUUACAACUGCAGAAUGUUUAUGGCCAUACAAGACAUCUUCCACCAAGCCUGAAAAAUGUAUAAAUGUCCUAAGAGUGCAGCAUUUUUUCUUAAAGAUAAUAUUAAUGAGCUAGCUUAGGUCAAUGGGUUAAUGGUCAUUGUUAAUACCAAUAGCCCCGACAUUAGUGAGUACAUCUGCACCUUCCAAGUUUAAUUAUAACUCUUUCUCUUUAUGGUUAGAGUGGAGACACUAACAAUAGAUGAUGCAUUCCUGCUCUUGUUUUCUGAGGGUGUCCAACUCUGUAAUGGAGUCAUUUCUAAUAAACUUGCUUCUUUCACUGUGUUCUCUGACUCACCUCAAAUUUUUUCCUGCACAAGAUCUAAGAAUCCUACUUUGUGGUCUGUAUCAGGACCCUCUUUUCCAGCAACAUCUGUCAGCAACACCAUGAAGGGACACCAAGACAAGACCCCCACUCCAAGGAAAACAAUCCACAUAGAAUCAGUCAGCUGGCAAGUGGGCUGUCUUUUAGAGUCGUGAAGCAUUCAGGUUGGCAAGAAUGAUUAUCCACUAUUACUUAAGUGAGAGGCCCUAGGGUAUAACAUUAGGGUGAGAGACUUAUCCCAAAGUUAGAGACCUGGGGGUGUCAUACUCAGAUUAGAGGCCAAGCCCACAGGGUUAGAGGCCCUGGGGAAUGUUGAGAAGAAUGGAUUUGGCUAAACAAGAUGUUUGCCACUUUCUCUUUUUUGACUGUCCACCUUGUGCUCUUUGUCCCUCACCUGAGUGCUCUGCAUGUUGUUGCCUUUCUGCUCACCACCUCCGUUUUGUAGUGGCCUGGAGGCUGCCCCAGGAAAGAGGCCCCAAACAGUUUAGCUUUUACUUUCCUCAGCGAUCCUCUGACUUUUAGCCUUGAUGUCUUAGAGCUAUUGCUGCUACCACUUUUCUAGUUGGCAAAGCCAAUAAACUAACAUUAGAACAGCACCUACAGGUUUUGACCCCACACCAAGGGAAGGUGGUCCUAGAAGAUAAAGGGCACCAGUAGAUAAUAGGAGAACAUUUAUGAAAGUGUCAGGCCUUAUUGCUGGACACUCCAGACAUAACCCUUAAAGCCUGCCAAACCAUAAACCCAGCUACUUAUCCGCCAGAGUCCACAGGUGCUCUCAGUCUUUCUGGCAUAUAGGUUGUAUUAGUCUGUUCUCAUGCUGCUAAUAAAGACAUAUCUGAGGCUGGGUAAUUUGUAAAGAAAAGAGGUUUAAUUGACUCACAGUUGCACAUGGUCAGGGAGGCCUCACGCUCAUAGCAGAAGGCAGAUGAGGAACAAAGUCACAUCUCUUACAUGGCAGCAGGCAAAAGAGCUUGUGUAGGGAACUCCCCUUUAUAAAACCAUCAGCUGUAAUCCCAGCACUGUGGGAGUCCAAGGCAGUAGAUGACCUGAGGUGAGGAGAUCGAGGCCAGCCUGGCCAACAUGGUGAAACCCUGUCUAUACUAAAAGUACAAAAAUUAGACAGGCGUGGUUGUGGGCGCCUAUAAUCCCAGCUACUCAGGAGGCUGAGACAGGAGAAUCGCUUGAACCCAGGAGUCAGAGGUUGCAGUGAGCCAAGAUCAUGAUAACACACUCCAGCCUGAGAACAGAGCAAGACUCUGUCUCAAAAAUAAAUAAAUAAACCAUCAGAUCUCAUGAAGCUUAUUCACUGUCAUGAGAACAGCAUGGGAAAGACCCAUCCCCUGAUUCGAUUGCCUCCCACUGGGUCUCUCCCACGAUAUAUGGGAAUUAGGGGAGCUACAAUUCAAGAUAAGAUUUGACUGGGGACACAGCCAAAGCAUGUCACAGGUUAUGAAACAAAUUUAUUCUAGCAGGCCAGCCUUAAGAGAGAUGAGCCCCUUGACCAUCCUAAGGAAGAGUGGUUAACAGAUGCAAGUUGUUUUAUGCAUCAGGAAAACAGGAGGGCUAGAUAUGCUAUUAUUAGUCAGUACAAGAGAAUCAAGGCGCAAGCCUUGCUGGCCUCAACCUCAGCUCAAAAAACUGAGUUAAUUGAACUUACUAGGCCCUUGCAAUUGGGAAAGGAUUUAAAAGUUAACAUUUACACUGAUUCCAAGUAUGAUUUUUUAGUGCUUCAUGCUUAUGCUGCAAUUUGGAAUGGGUAGGGACUCCUGACACCCAAGGCCUUUUCCAUACAUCAUUCAGAUUUUGAGCCUGUUAGAAUGCUGCUUUGCUGCCAAAAAGUGACUAUAAUUAAUUGCAGAGGACAUCAAAAGAGAGACUGACUGUGUAAAAGGAAAUGCCCUUGUAGAUGCUGCAGCCAAGGGUCCUGCACUGGAAGGGCCAAUGAAGCUUAUGGGCGUGCUGGUCAGCAUAUGUAGAACUGGGCCAGAAUACUCUGAAGAAGAACAAAAAUGGGCCAGGGAUUGCAUUUCAGUCCAGGGCCCCUCUGGCUGGCUGAAUCAUGGUAAUAAAUUACUAAUGCCAAGUACCAAUCAUAGGGAUAUAAUUCAGCACUUUCAUGAUUCUUUUCACCCUAGAAGGGAUUCUUUGUUUCCGUUAAUGUCUCAUUUGUUUAUAGGGGUAAAUCUUUUCAAAACAGUAAAACAGGUGACACAGCACUGUGAGCUCUGUGCCUGACAUGACCCAAACAGCCAGCAAUUUUCUCCUUCUCCAGUUAAACCUGUCCAAAAUUGAGGAACCUAUCCAGGUGAGAACUGGCAACUCUAAUUUACACCGAUGCCUUCCUGCAGGAGAUUCAAAUAUUUGCUAAUGCUUACUGAUACCGUCACUGGUUAGAUUGAGGCAUUCCCCACCCCAUCUGAAAAAUGUUUACUAGAAGAAAUAACUCCUCAGUCUGGGUAAUCUAAAAGCCUGCAAAGUGACAAUGGCCCAUGUUCCACAGCAGGCGUAACCCAUCACCUAUCCUCAGCUUUAAGAAUCCAAUAUCACCUUCACUCUGCUGGAGACCGCAGUCCUCGGGAAAGGUGAAAGGGCUAAUCCUACUCUAAAGAAGACCCUAGCUAAAUCAGAGGCCUGUCUCUAACACCCAUAGCUUACUGCAGGUUAUAACUGCUCCAAAGUAAAACGUAUAAUUAAGUCCCGUUGAGUUAACAUAUGGAAGGCCUUUCCUAACCACAGAUCUCCUAAUAGAUGAAGGGACGCAUCCAUUACAAAAAUAUGUCAUCAAUCUAGGACAGGAGCAAAGGCACUCUGUGAAUAUGGAAACAAGAGUCUUCCCCUCCCGCAUGGGAGGAAAAUUCAGUUUCAGCUCAGCUAGGGAUCUAGUCUCACUAAAGACGCGGGAGGAAGUUCUCCAUCUGAGCAGCUUUCCCCAACGUGGAAAGGACCACAGGAAGGACACCUGAGCUCUCCAAAAGACGCUCAACGCCAAGGGAUUCACAGGUGGGUGCACCUGUGUGGAAGUAAAGCUGUUGCUUAUUCUGGGAGCCCAAUCCGAGGCUGAGGGAGGUGGGCGCGGGGCUAUUUAAGCGUUGGCGGAGGGCGGGCUGGGUCGCUGCGCGUCUGCUCCUCCUUCUCCUCUUUCUCCUGCCGCCCUAAUCCCGCCUUGGCCAUGAGGGAGAUUGUGCUCACGCAGGCUGGGCAGUGCGGGAACCAGAUCGGCGCCAAGUUCUGGGAGGUGAUCUCCGAUGAACAUGCCAUCGACUCCGCUGGCGCCUACCACGGGGACAGCCACCUGCAGCUGGAGCGCAUCAACGUGUACUACAACGAGGCCAGCGGUGGCAGGUACGUGCCCCGCGCUGUGCUCAUGGAUCUGGAGCCCGGCACCAUGGACUCUGUGCGCUCAGGGCCCUUCGGGCAGAUCUUCAGGCCGGACAACUUCAUCUUCGGUCAGUGUGGGGCCGGAAACAACUGGGCCAAGGGACACUACACAGAAGGCGCGGAGCUGAUGGAGUCAGUGAUGGACGUUGUCAGAAAGGAGGCUGAGAGCUGCGACUGCCUGCAGGGUUUCCAGCUGACCCACUCCCUGGGUGGCGGGACUGGGUCUGGGAUGGGUACCCUUCUGCUCAGUAAGAUCCGGGAGGAGUACCCAGACAGGAUCAUAAACACAUUCAGCAUCCUGCCCUCGCCCAAGGUAUCAGACACUGUGGUGGAGCCCUACAACGCCACCCUCUCAGUCCACCAGCUCAUAGAAAAUGCGGACGAGACCUUCUGCAUAGAUAACGAAGCGCUAUAUGACAUAUGUUCCAGGACCCUAAAACUGCCCACACCCACCUACGGUGACCUGAACCACCUGGUGUCUGCUACCAUGAGUGGGGUCACCACGUGCCUGCGCUUCCCCGGCCAGCUGAAUGCUGACCUGCGGAAGCUGGCCGUGAACAUGGUCCCGUUUCCGCGGCUGCAUUUCUUCAUGCCUGGCUUUGCCCCACUGACCAGCCGGGGCAGCCAGCAGUACCGGGCCUUGACUGUGGCUGAGCUUACCCAGCAGAUGUUUGAUGCUAAGAAUAUGAUGGCCGCUUGCGACCCCCGCCAUGGCCGCUACCUAACGGCGGCUGCCAUUUUCAGGGGUCGCAUGCCCAUGAGGGAGGUGGAUGAACAAAUGUUCAACAUUCAGGACAAGAACAGCAGCUACUUUGCUGACUGGCUCCCCAACAAUGUAAAAACAGCCGUCUGUGACAUCCCACCCCGGGGGCUAAAAAUGUCGGCCACCUUCAUUGGGAAUAAUACGGCCAUCCAGGAACUCUUCAAGCGUGUCUCAGAGCAGUUCACAGCAAUGUUCAGGCGCAAGGCCUUUCUCCACUGGUACACGGGCGAGGGCAUGGAUGAGAUGGAAUUCACCGAGGCCGAGAGCAACAUGAACGACCUGGUGUCUGAAUAUCAGCAAUAUCAGGAUGCCACGGCCGAGGAGGAGGAGGAGGAUGAGGAGUAUGCUGAGGAGGAGGUGGCUUAGAACUCUCCUUUUCUAGGUAAAGGGGGGGGAAGCAGUGUGGAUUCUUUACUGUGUUGACAGCUAUGUGUCACUACGCGCUUGUUCGUUUGUGUCUUCCCAUCUCCUCCUGCUGCAUUUUUUAAAGCAUUUUUAUAGUAUGUAGUUUUGCCUAAUAAAGUAUUUUCACAGCA